AUGCUCUUGAAUAGGGUUCUCCGAGCGGGUUUGCGCUGUGGUGUCGUUCGGCUGCAAAGCUCAAGUGCAGCGGCCGCCCAAGCUCAACCGUCCGGCGAUCACUCGGCUGCGGCCACCGGCUACUCGUUUGAGUUUACAGAUCAACAGCGAGAGUUCCAGCAGCUAGCUCGUAAGUUUGCACGCGAGGAAAUAGUUCCGCAUGCGGCACAGUACGACAAAACUGGGGAGUACCCUGUACCUAUAAUCAAGAAGGCAUGGGAGCUGGGGCUGAUGAACGGUCACAUCGCGGAGGAAUAUGGUGGAAUGGGCUUGUCCAUCUUUGAUAACUGCCUCAUCACGGAAGAGCUGGCCUAUGGCUGCACAGGAGUCCAAACUGCUAUCGAGGCAAACUCGCUUGGACAAAUGCCUGUCAUUAUUGCUGGCAAUGAGGCUCAAAAGAAGAAAUACCUGGGGAGGAUGACUGAGGAACCUCUCAUGUGUGCGUACUGCGUCACAGAACCAGGGGCGGGCUCAGACGUUGCGGGCGUCAAGACUAGAGCAGUGAAGAAGGGUGACGAAUACGUGGUUAACGGCCAGAAGAUGUGGAUCACAAAUGGCGGAAAAGCCAACUGGUACUUCCUGCUGGCCCGUACAGACCCAGAUCCGAAAUGUCCCGCCAACAAGGCGUUUACAGGCUUCAUUUUGGAUGCAGACACCCCUGGAAUUCAAAUAGGAAGGAAGGAAAUGAACAUGGGUCAGAGGUGUUCGGAUACACGAGGCAUCACGUUCGAGGACGUGAUUAUUCCAAAGGAGAAUGUCCUGAUUGGUGAGGGAGCUGGGUUUAAGAUAGCGAUGGGCGCAUUCGAUAAAACUCGGCCACCUGUUGCAGCGGGAGCCACUGGCUUGGCACAGAGGGCACUCGAUGAAGCCACUUCAUAUGCUCUGGAGAGGAAAACUUUUGGAAAAUUGAUUGCUGAGCACCAAGCUAUUUCCUUCCUUCUGGCCGAGAUGGCAAUGAAGGUCGAGCUAGCACGCAUGGCGUACCAGCGUGCUGCCUGGGAAGUGGACCGCGGUCGGCGAAAUACGUACUACGCCUCCAUUGCCAAAGCCUUCGCCGGCGACAUUGCUAACCAGGUGGCCUCGGACGCCGUCCAGGUGUUCGGCGGCAAUGGAUUCAAUAGCGAGUACCCGGUGGAGAAGCUGAUGCGCGAUGCCAAGAUUUACCAGAUCUACGAAGGAACUGCUCAAAUCCAAAGGCUCAUUGUCGCUCGCGAACACCUGUCAAAAGCAAAGAAAUGA